GUAAACUCCAAAAAGUAAUACCUAAAUAUUUAAUUAGACUGCAGACGGAAAGCUGCGGCGGCGUCGGAGUAAAGAGACGGAGCUAUGGCGAUGCAAGCCGGAGUCGGCUUAUCGAGGAUCUUAAUCUUAGCCGGAGCAGGUUAUACUGGUACGAUCAUGAUGAAGAACGGCAAAUUAUCGGAUAUAUUGGCUGAAUUGCAGUCUCUGGUGAAAGGCAUGGAGAGCUCUGAGGGAGAUUGUGAUGAUUCUGACGCCGUAGCUUCCCAGGUUCGUCGGUUAGCCAUGGAGGUUCGGCAGUUAGCUUCAGCGCGGCAGAUAACCGUCAUGGAUGGAGUUUCUGAUGCAAAUUUCCAGGCUCUUGUUGUUCCUGCUGUGAUAUUGGGAGCUUUAGGGUAUGGUUAUAUGUGGUGGAAGGGACUCGCGUUUACUGACCUUAUGUACGUGACAAAAGCCAACAUGGCGACUGCCGUGGCUAACUUGACUAAGAAUCUUGAGCAAGUUUCUGUGACCCUCGCGGCUGCGAAAAGGCAUUUAACGCAAAAGAUUCAGAAUAUGGAUGAUAAGGUAGAUAAGCAGAUUGAUCUCUCCAAGGGAGUCAAGAAAGAGGUCACCUUGGCUCGUGAGGAUAUAAACUCACUUGAGAUUGACUUGGCGUCACUGAAUAAUUUGAUUACUGGACUGGAUGGGAAGUUGGACACACUGGAAUACAAGCAGGAUGUCACAAAUGUUUGCAUGUUACACUUGUAUAACUAUUUUGGAGGCAAAAGCGCAGAACUGCCUGACAUGGAGCAGCUUCAACUUCCUGUGAACCAGAAAGCUCGUAAUUUGCUUGCAGAUGUUGAAACCAAGGGGCUGAAAAACUUUGCUGAAGAACUGCUUGAAAGCAAUGACACAGAGGAGGGAGGAGCAACCACAGUGAAAAUUAUUGGUAUAACAAAGUCCAAAGACAAGUCGAGGCCGUUGUUAUCAAGGGUUGGUUCAGCUAGGUAUUGAUCAUGUGGAAGUUUCUUGAUGGCGGUUGGCUUGCAGGAUGUAUAUAACAACAAACUCUGACUUAUAACAAAAUGGUCUCGUGAGCAGUAGAAGGCUCUCGUAUAAUUUAAUUUAUACGUGGGCUUGGUUUGUUUCCCUACUCGCCAAGUGCACUUAGAUCUUAAUGAUAUUUUAGUUUGUACUUACUUUAGUGGUGGUAUUUCUUUGAACAUGGAGUUUGUUUAUUGACAUGUGCCGCGUCUGCUUUGGAACUCGUAGCAAUUAAAAUAAAGUUGAUGUGGGGAUUUUCACAUGUGAUGUAAUUGAGCAAUUCAAGCUGAGUUGAGAUAAGAUAUUGUUCAGAGACUUG